GGCGCUGGGGCCGGAGGGGAGGGCGGAGGCUCCUGACUCUACCCCCUGACCCUGCAGGCCCGACUGCCCCUACGGGAUCAGACCCUUGGUCCCCCUCUCCCCCCAUGCCCCACCGUCCUCACGAUGCCGAACGGUCCGCCUUGGCAGCUGCUUCUACCGCUACUCUGGUCGUGGGGGCCGCUGCUCCGGAGGGCGGAGACAGGCUCUGUGGGGCAGACGGCGGGGGAGCUGUACCAGCGCUGGGAACGGUACCGUAGAGAGUGCCAGGAGACGCUGGAGGCCGUGGACCCCCCAGCAGGCCUCGCCUGUAACGGGUCCUUCGAUAUGUACGUCUGCUGGGACUACGCUGCACCCAACGCCACCGCCCGUGCGUCCUGCCCCUGGUACCUACCCUGGCACAGCCACGUGGCUACAGGCUUUGUCCUCCGCCAUUGUGGCAGUGAUGGCCAAUGGGGACCUUGGAGGGACCAUUCUCAGUGUGAGGACCCGGAGAAGAAUGGAGCCUUUCAGGAUCAACGGCUGAUUUUGGAGCGGCUGCAGGUCAUGUACACCGUGGGCUACUCCGUGUCCCUGGCCACACUGCUGCUGGCCCUGCUCAUCUUGAGUUUCUUCAGGCGGUUGCGCUGCACUCGAAACUACAUCCACAUCAACCUGUUCACGUCUUUCAUGCUGCGGGCGGCGGCCAUCCUCACUCGAGACCGUUUGCUACCUCCUCCUGGCCCCUACCCUGGGGACCAAGCCCCUGUCCUGUGGAAACCGGCCCUAGCUGCCUGCCGCACGGCCCAGAUCGUGACCCAGUACUGCGUGGGCGCCAACUACACGUGGCUGCUGGUGGAGGGGGUCUACCUACACAGUCUCCUGGUGCUUGUGGGAGGUUCCGAGGGGGGCCACUUCCGCUGCUACGUGUUCCUCGGCUGGGGGGCCCCCGCGCUUUUCGUCAUUCCCUGGGUGAUCGUCAGGUACCUGUACGAGAACACGCAGUGCUGGGAGCGGAACGAAGUCAAGGCCAUUUGGUGGAUCAUACGCACGCCUAUCCUCGUGACUAUCUCAAUUAAUUUUCUCAUCUUUAUUCGCAUCCUUGGCAUCCUCGUGUCCAAACUGAGGACGCGACAGAUGCGCUGCCCGGACUACCGGCUGAGGCUGGCUCGCUCCACGCUGACGCUGGUGCCCCUGCUGGGCGUCCACGAGGUGGUGUUUGCUCCCGUGACAGAGGAACAGGCCCGGGGUGCCCUGCGCUUCGCCAAGCUCGGCUUUGAGAUCUUCCUCAGCUCGUUCCAGGGCUUCCUCGUCGGCGUGGUCUACUGCUUUAUCAACAAGGAGGUGCAGGCGGAGAUCCGCCGCUGCUGGCAUCGCUGUCGCCUGCGCCACAGCCUCGGUGAGGAGCGGCGCCAGCCACCGGAGCGCGCCUCCAGGACCCCGCCGACGGGCUCAGGCCCCCGCCCGGUCGCCACUGACCGCACCCCGUCCUUGGGGACCCUCCCAGGGCCUGGGAAUGAGGCCAGCCGGGGCUUGGAAAGUCACUGCUAGGCAGCGGUCCAUUCGAGUUAGCACGUAUUUAUUGAGCGCCUGCUGUGUACCAGGUCCAGUGUGGAGGGCACUGGGGAAAUUGGGGUGGGGGUGGGAGGGGGGAAACAGA